UUCCGUUGUCGUAGCAUAAUCAAUCUGUUCCUGUUACUCAACUGACGGUUUUCAUGCGAGUCAGAUCGUUUCCCGAGUAGUAGUGGUAAAAAUUUUGUUAAACGUGAUGCGCUCCAGCUACCGUGUUCAGAACUGCCGACCGCUUCUGUUAGAUUACAAGGGAAUAUCGGUCUUAAGUUUCGUUUGAAUUACGCUGAGUGAUACACCGUUUACCGCAUGUGCGAUUUCCGUGGCGCAUGUCGUUUGUUUGUCACAUGACAAGGUUUGUAAACACCGAUUGAGUUUAAUAUUUGACGUUAAUUUCCAACAUGGCGUGUACUGUUAUCAGUGAUAAACACUAGAAGCGUCCUGAAAAAGUGCAGGCUCGCUCUACAAAAUAUUGGGCCUCAUGCAGAAUGCUGGACAACAGUACGGCCAAGGAGGUGCAUCCUUCCACCAAACAGCACCUUUUAGUGGCCACUCAGAGACUACGACAUCUAGUGGGAGUAUAACUAGCUCGCUUAGACAAUUUAGAAGAAAAAAUGAAGAUAAACAUAACCAUACUGAUAACAACACUGCAUCUGUUACAAAUGAAAGCCAUGUAGCAAGAGUGGCGCCCCACAGCCAUUAUCCGCCCAGAUCCUCUGUCGAGUGUUACCGAUAUCCAACACAAUAUCCAGAUUAUGGCUUACAACAACCUGUUAAAUACUCAGAGAUAUCCGAACCACAUCCACAAUUACCAGAACAAACUUCGCCGUCGGUGAUACAGAAAGCUAAGGGUAAAGAAUAUAUGGAAAUGUGUAAUAUGCAACAACAUAGGAAGCCUUCCUAUGAUCAUAUGAAUGGACAACAAAAUUAUAGUGAAAGCUUUAAUCAACACGAUCAGUAUGAGAGUAUAAAUGUCCAUCCCUCUUACAGACGAGAUCCUCAGUUCAUGCCAAAGGAUCCCGAAUUCUGCAAACAAAGUAUUUAUCUGGCUUCUACUCGCAAAAAUGAUUACUUAUCAAGACUACAAAGGAUUCAUCCAAAUAUGGCUAGGUCUAUAAUGAGUGACCAUCAUUUGCAAGAGACCCAAAACUUACAAAACUUAUAUCAAGAUUUGCAAAAAUCUGUAACUAUUCGUAAGCCUCAACACCAAAUAUUUGCCAAUUAUCCAAAUAGUAUACAAAAUAACACAUACCCUCAUGGAUACGUGCCGUAUACGAAUUACAAUUGUAACUAUAACAGACCACCUCAGAUGACACCUAGAUUUCCUCCCGUUAAUCCCCACGAACGGAGCAUGUCUCCGAGAAGGAGUUACUCUGGCCAAAUGAGUUUUCCAACUAACUACGAUACAAUUGCUGCACAGAAACUCCCACCUGCUUACCCUCAGUACAAUGCUCCUGAAUAUGCUCAACAUUAUCAACACAGAGGAGCAUCAAUGGGACAAGAUUAUUAUCAAAGGCAUUGCAGCCCUACCCAAUAUUUGGCCCCUCACCAAAUUCCACCGCCAGAUAUUACAGAAGGUAGAGUAACAGUUUCAGACAAUAUAAAACAUUAUAUAGAAAACUGGGCGGAUGAAGAAACUGCGACAGAAAUGAACCAAAUCGAGAAUCCAAGGAUGUGUAAAGAGAGUAUCAGAGGAAGAGAUGAUCAGUCCACUGAAACUGUGUAUAUGAUAAAUGCAUCAGAACUACAAUAUUUAGAAAAUGGGUUACUGACAUCUGAAAAUGGAAUGACGGUACCAGUGAUGGCAUCUGAAUCUGGUCAAUAUGUUAUUAAAAGUGAAGUUUCUUUAGAAGGCGCUUCUGAGAUGGUUAGAAUAGUGGAAAAAAGUAGUCAACUGGAAGUAGAUCCAGCAACUGGAGAAAGAGUGGUUAACCUUCAUAUCAUGGAUACAGUAAAACCAGACUGCAUGCUGAACAGUAAACUAAAUGAGUCCCACCAAAGAUCUCUUGAAAAUCCAUAUACAGAAUCAGAAAAACCUCGAGUUUUAGUCCACCAAAAUACAGUUAUAACAUCAGGAAAUCAAAUCACAAAUGAAACAAAUGAAAGGAGGGAUACAACGCGACCUAUCGACGAAACUUUGAAACUGGGAAAUAGUUUACCAUUGAUUAGUGAUACACUAGAAGAACUUAAUAAAACAAUUAUGAACGAAUGCAGAAAAGAAACAGUGGAUAAAAAUUGCUCACCAAUUAAUUUAGAAGAAAUUGAAAAGUAUAGGGAGCAAGAGACGACAGAAAAGAUAAAAUCCUCAGCGGAUUGCUUAGUAGAGGAAAUUGCUAGUAUUCAAGAAAUGUCUAAUUCCCCAAAAAAUAAUUCCUUUGAAGAUGCUCACAUAAAUAUGAUAAAGACUGACAUAAUUACGCAUCGUGAUGAUCAGAACUCGCUACUUAAAGAUUCACAUAAAGAUAUUGAAGCUUUAUUUGAUAGUUCUGUCAAAAACACGCAGUCAACCCAACCUGAAAUGAAAAACAAUUCCUUCAAUGAAAUAGACGAAGAAGAUAAAUCUACUACCGAGAAUAAAAACAAUAACAUAUCAAAAGAAGAAAAAUUAAUAACUGAAAAAACAAUUAAUGAGACUGAACAACAAUCAACUAGUAGCGAUAACUUUACCGAAGAAAUUAUUCAAAUUCCUGAGAAAAAAGAUCAUAAAGAAGAAGAAUCUAAAAUAAACUCUGACAAUACAACUCAUAAUGAUCUAUCUUUGGCUAUUGAUACAGAUAAAAUAGACAAACGAGAAAAUGAAGACGCAGCAAUUACGUCUUUAGAGGUAAAGAAAACCGAAAAAACUGUAACAAAACGUUCAAGGCGUAUUUUCUCUGUAGACGAUAUUAUCAAUAAUAUUGGAAAAAAAUUGAGGUCCACGGAAAGUAACAGUACAUCUCGAAGGUACAGUCUGAAAACGACUAAAGAAUUUCUGGAAAUGGAAAUCACUAACACCUUCAAAUCUAUAAAAUUACCUACAAUUGAAACUCGUAGGGAUGAAAAAAUUCAGACGUUCAGUACUAAAAAUAAUGAUAAUAAUGUUCUAGGAGUUGAGGAAAAACAAGUAAACAGCAACGGAAAUGUAGAAAAGCUGAUUAAUUCUAUUAAUACCUCUGUAGAUAACUAUGUUAUGGAAGUAAUGAAUGAAGAAUCAACUAUAAUAAGCAAAUCAGAAAAAGAAUCUGAAUUUUCAGAGCCAUAUGAAAUUUCCAAAGAAAAUGAACUGGAAAAGCAGGAAUGUACCAAUUUUUUGUACCUACCAGAAAAUGAAUUUGAAAACCAACAGUCCACAAAUUUGAAUCUUCAAAGUUCUAAUGAUUCCGUAUUUCCAGAACCAUUAGCUGUAACAGAAGAAAUAGUAUUAAAUGUUAAAGAUAUUGAUUCUCAAGAAACCAUUACCAAAGAUGAGAUUAGUUCAGAUCCAUCUAAUGUCAAAUCGCUGAAUUUAUCAGAGAAACCUUGUGAAGUCACUGAAGAAUCAUCUCUACAAUGUAAACCUGUUAGUACUGUAGCAUCUCCAGUCAAAGACACUAUUAAUACAACUGAAGAUUCUUCUCUAGAACCAAAAGUACCUGAUCAACAAGAAGUGCAGUACCGUAAUGUUAUAAGGGUUGAAGAAUCUACCGUUCUCCUUGAGAUAGCCGGAGAAUUAGUUGAAAUAAAUGUAAAUAUUGUUAACGGAAAAAAUAUAAUAACUGUAGUGCCUCUUUCAGAUACGGCUGUUGUGGAUUUCAACGAUAAUUAUGAAACUUCUGAAAAUCCUGAAGCUACAGAUCCCUUAAAGUUGGACGAUGUACCGCCACAACAAGAAACAUUGGCCGGAAUUGCCCAGGUUAAUAUAGAAGCUCCAGAGUCUGAUAUCGUUGAAACUACCAGUGAAAUAAUCAUCGGUAUGGAUUUAAGUUUAGAAGAAGAAAUAAAAUUGGACGUAGAUCAACCACCAAUAAUUUUUACCAAAGCUGCCAAAAAGGCUUAUGAUUGUGAUUUACAAAUUCCUUCUAUAACUACUAGUGGAGACAUAUUGGAUAGCACUCGCGUUAAAACGUACAAUUUAAAUGAUAAAGUUAGCUCAACCAAGGCAAAAACAAAAAAAAUUAAGAAUGUUGAAUCUGAUUCAUUAAAAUCGCUUAAAAGAUUAUCAGUCAAAUCUGAUAAGAAAUCCUUAUUCAGAGAUCUCAUAGCUGCUAGGAAUAGAAAAAAAAUUAAAUUGGAAAUGAAUGAUAAUGAAGACGACGAAUUUGUACCAUUUAAAGAUUUGAUUAGGGCUAGAAAACUAAGAAAAAUAAAAUUGAAAGAAAUGAAAAAUAGUGAAGAAGCCAAAGUCGAUUCAACUAUAAAAAUUGAUGAAAACAAUAAAGAAGCUGAAAUUGUAGAAGAAGUAACAGAUGUACAUGAAUUAAUUGAUUCAAAAAUAGAAAAAUUCCCAGAAGAAAGCAAUGAAUUCAGAAGUGAAGCUUUCAGCGAAGUAUCUGCAAAUACUUCUGACAAAAAACAGAAAAGUGUGUAUAUUGAAAGGAAAUGUGAAUAUACACCAGAAGUGAUACCCACCAAUGUAAAACAAUUGGAUGAUCCUAAGUUACCUAAACCAAAUGAAAAUUUACCUAAAUCACAAAUAAAGAAAAAACUUAGUUUGGAAGAAUAUAAUAAAAGAAAAAGGAAACUACUGAACCCUGAAAAAUCAGAAUCCACCCAUGAAAAGAAAUCUAAAAUAGAAAGAAAACAGUCUGAAGUGGAAACUAGCAAAACUAAUCCCAAAAAAAAUAAACCUCAACGGACAAAAUCUUUAGACGAUUUAAAUUUGCUCAAAUCCAAAGAGACUCAAAGUAAAAGGAAGCUCAGUCUUGAAUAUUCUCCAGUAAAACAAAACUAUUUUGAUUGGGAAGAAACACAAUCUCCAAAAGUCAAUAUAAGUCAGAAGGACCAGGAUAGCAAAAUAUGUGAAUUCAAAGGUCUCAUUAACAAUAAUAAUAAAAACAAACCAAAAGUACUAAUAGACAUUAAUGAUUUCAAUUCUAAGCCAAAUAAUGAAAGUUCCGAAGACGAAAUUCUUCAAAACUAUAAGGAACAAGUAGAAUCCAAAUUGAAUACUUUGAAUUUUCAAAUUCCAAAGCCAGCUAAAUCGCUAGAACGACAAAUAGUUAAUCCUUUUUCAAAACCUGAAACAAAUAGUUUAAUUGAAAGGUUCCUAAAAAAUGAGAAGCUUAAUGGAGAGGAAAUGGAAAAAAUAAGAAAGAUAAUAUCAUAUAAGAGGUUGAUGCAGCAACUGAAAAAAAUUAAAAAUCAUGAUCUCUCAAGGACGACGUCCUUAAAUCCUGCUUAUGAAGUUCGAAAAGAACUUUCAGAAAAACAAACUAAGUUGCUGUUAAAAAAAGUAUCAGAAAAGAAAAAGAGCCGUUUUCGAAAUUUGCAUUCCACUUCAGACAGUGAAACGGAACACGAAUGUCGCGAAAAAACGAGGUGCAGUGGUGAUUACUCGGUAGUCCAAUCAGUAUGUUUGGCGGGAGUAGUGCCUAAACUUAUUAUCAAGAGAAAGACUGAGAUGCCUUUACCGUUUGUUAGAUUAGAAAGGUUAGAUCUCGGUUUAUUGGAGGAGAAAAAUGGGAGAUAUGUCGGUUGAAUUGAAAGAUUUUGAUUUGAUUAUAGUGAGAAAGGGACCAAAAAAUACCAAAGUAAAUAAGUUGUUGUCUGUUUUAAUUUAAUGUUUAUAAAUUUUUUAUAAAAUUAUAGAUAUAAUUUAUUUUUUGGUUUUUGGGUUAAGUUCAAUUAAAUAAAGUUGAAAGGUUGGAAUAAUAAUUAACAAGACCAUCCAUGCAUAUUUAUAAUUUGAUUAUACAUAUAUAUUUUGUAAUUGAUAAUCAGCACAUACAUUUGAACGCUAAUGAACUCGUGAAGAUUUUUUCUGGUAUAGUCGAUAUGUCCACACUAUCUCUCAUUAUAUCUUUCAUUAUAUUAUAUAUUAAUACCUCAUAAUACCAUGAAGUUUUCUGUUAAUGAAGAUUCCUCAAUGUUACUGAAGCCACUCGUAAAUAUUUUGUAGUUUCGUCUUUAACAACCAAAAGUAAUAAUUAGUGUAUUGACCAUAUUCAUAGUGAACAAAAUUAUCAUUGAAACUAAAGUUCAUUAUCUGAUUAUGUUAUGAAUUUGUCUGCCUUCAAAACUGUUUUGCAGAACUUUAGUAGACGGUGAUAAUUUAGUUUUUUAUCAACACCAACAGUUCUAGCAAAUUUCUAACAUUAAAUACUUUUCAACUUUAUUUUUGAACAAAUGCAAUUAUUGAUUAUUAUUUGGUACAGAUAAUACUAAUAUUAAUCUUUAUUUUUUGUUAACUAUUCUUUGAAUGUUCCUAUGAUAUUAAACUAUGUAGUUAAAUAAGAUGAAACAGAAAAGUGCAAAAUAAAAAUAACAAUAUUUUAUUUGAGAUAGAUACGGUUUUCGGAAAAAAAUUUUAUCCCGCACUUAGGUGUACUUCUAGUACUGAUUUUCACAUCUCCUGCUGGUGUUACAACUUUUUGGAUAUCCGUAAUAUUGAAACCUUAAUUAACCUGUAUGCUUCUUACAUUAUUCAUUUUCGGACUGCUGAUCCAUUUUUUCUUAAUAUUGAUUUGAUAAUAUAGUAAAAGAUUUUACAGUUCAAUUCAAUUUAAUAUUUGAAUUGGUUCUUAUAGUGUAAUUCCUUUUGUUGGUUUGUUUUUUUAAGACCACACCAAGUAUAACUCUAAAAUCAGGUGUCUUUACUUUUAUUUGAUUGCACACUUUAGCAAAGGAGAUUAUAAUUGGGAAAAUACGUUGGCAAAUACAUUUGAUCCAGAGUAGAUAAGUUCAUUAAAAAAUUUCCUUGAAAGAAUUUACUUCUCUGUUCCUAGGUGCUUAUAAUAUAUUUUUUCUAUUUUCUCUGUUGUCUUUGAUAAGCAUAUUUAGAAAGAGUCGUUUUAGCUUCUAGGAUGAAUCUACGACUUUUGGAUUUGAUUUUAAUGUUUCAUCUAGAUGUUUACUGCUGGUUUUUCAAAUUGGUACGCUUUACUCCUUCCAUGACGAUUUUUUAUGUAUUUAUUAUGUAGCUGCUUUUUUAAUAAUGGAUAUUUUGUUUGAUUCUUACGUUCUAGUUUCAUUUGAUGUCUGUUCCAAGAUCUAUGCUUUUUUUAACAAGCCUAAAUGGCUCAGAACAUUUUCAAUUUCCAAUGUCUCUUGGUCAGUAGGUAGGUAGACAUUUAGAUUCACAAGCGUGUUUCUUUAUUUAACUUUUUUGAAAAAUUUCUUAUUCGAUCAAAUUAUGUGCUAAAUGCUUCCAUCACUCUGCUCUGAUUGUGAUGUCAGUCCCUGUUUAAUGAAUUUAUGUGAAUCUGCGAAAACUGUGCAUUUCUUAAAUAAUGAUAUUGCUACGUAUCAAAAUAUUUUUUAAUAAAUUGCAGCUUAUUCCAUAGAAGUGAGUACAAUUUAUGUUGUAAUUAUGUAAUACAGAGUUUAAAAGCGUUGUUCCACUUUUUGUUACAAAAAAUAUAUUAUUUUUGUAAAAGUGUGAAAUUGAAAAAAUUUAAAUUGUUAGUUAUAUGUACAAAAAUCUUUAUUAUAAUUUAUGUCUAUUUAUUGUUUGAAUAAAUGUUACAACCCGAAUAUUUGAGAAGAUUGAAAUAUUUUAUAUAAUUAAUUUUAUUGAAAAUAAAUUAUCAGAGUAUAAAUAUUUUGAUUCAAGUAUAAUUUUUUUAUCUAAAUGUAUUACCACUAAUAGAAAUAAGUUUUGAAAACCAAUGAAACAAUACAAGAUCAUGAACUCAUCAUCCACAUCUACUUCUUCAAUUGUUUACUUCUUAGACCUUAAUUUUUUUAUUUACUAAAUGUGCUGUUUUUUGAUUUUUGGACUAUUUCAAAAUACCCUUCUUUUUUAUUAAUCUACUUAUAAAUUUCAGAAUUUUCACAUGGUAGAUAUAGAAUUAAAUAUCAUCAUGUCAUUUAAUAUAUUUGGUUUUGAUAUAAUUGUCAUAUUAGAUACAGACAAGGACAAAACAUAGGAUUUGUUGGUAUUGACAUUGGAGCUGAUUUUAUGGGUAAUAGCUAUUGGAGUAGGAAACAAACUCGCAAUAUUCGCUUGACACCUGUAAUCAACCUGAACUGGAUUUAUAGAUACACAAUUUCAGGAACACGAGGAAUUGCAAUUGAGACUACUUGAUCCUGAUUUAUCACUAUUUAUUUUAUUGGUUCUAGUAAAUGAAAAUAAGUUUGAGUACCAGUGGUAGCUUCUUAGUAGGCUCUUUUUAUUAAGCAUUGAACUUAAAACUUAGUACAACUACACAGGUGCUCUCAUUUUUCCACUAAUGAUGCUCUAAAGUCUGUAGCUGUGUCUAGUGUUCUCAACAAAUUUAAAAUUGAAUGAACGAUAAGGAUUGAAAGAUAAUGACUGUGGAAUGGGACUGUAUAAUGGAUGUCUCGUAUUUCUGGCUUUCUAAUCCUUGGCCAUUUGGAGUAUCGCCUUCUAGAAAAUAUGUCCUGAAUGUAUUUGUAUUGUAUAUCAGUUUAUAGUUUCAAAAAUAUUAAUCUUACUAAGUAAAUGAAUAAAUGAUUGUGAUAAUUGAUCUAUGAAUUUAUGUAUCAGAGUUGUCAAUUUCUGGCAAUAUUUUUAAAAACGAUAUGAAUUACACUAUUAUGCGGACGGAUAUUCAAUCUUUCAUAAAAACAAGAUGAAAUUCUUCUUUCAACAAUGUCAGUCAACAAUUUAUCAUAUGCAGUGUGAUCUAUCUAUAUUGUACAAACCAUAAUAAAGGUGAGUUUCGUAUCCAAAGGUUAAUAUUGAAGGUGAAGCUAGAGCUGUGUUGUGAGAAGUCUGAGGUAUUUAGGGUCUAAUAUUUUACCAAUUGGUAUAAAAUAACACAAGAAUGAUUGAGAUAUUUGCCAAAUGGGGAAAAACCUUCAAAAUAAUCAUUUGUAAUUAUCGUAAUCUGAUAAACGCGAAAGUGUUUUUCUUGCAACUUAUGAUGCAAACAUAAUCAAAAUUCUAUUUUAACCCAAUUCACAUCAUUAGAUUAGAUUAGCCAGUUUUUCGGUUACUUUUCUAUCCUAUCAAGAUCUUUAUUUCCAAUUUUGUUGGUUCGACAUUAAUAAAAAUUCACACACCAAUUUUUGUGGACAGUGGUAAUUGGGUUUUGGUGUUCACCUUUACACCCCUUUUAACGAUUGGGAUUUAUAUUGUUGUUUUUUUCUUUACAAGAUCUUCGUCUAAAUAUUGCCAAGAAAGCUGUUUGAGUAAGACAUCACUUGUCUGCUUGUAUUUUAUUUUUGUGUGCCUUAAUUCGUAACGCCUUGAUAUACACAUACACCAAUGUUGUGCCUACAUAUCACUUUUGUAAUUUGCGGGUUUCAUGUAUAAUUGAUCUUGUUUGAUGUCUAUUAGUAGAAAACUUGAAUCGAAAUUCAAUCCUAGAUAAAACAAUAUUAAUUAGUUUGUUGAAAUCAAAUAUAAUUAAUAUUUCCUUUUGGGUAUUACAUUCCUACAUUUUUCCAUUGUACUUUAAUUCUUUCGUAGUUUUAAUUAUGUUCAAAACCAUUCCAAUUUAUUUUUUUUUUGUAUAAAGAUGUUCCGAGUGCUGGAUGAUUUUAGAUUCACGUAUUAGAAAUAAUAUUCAUGCUUCAUAUGACUUUCAAAUAAAAAUGUUCUAAGAUGCUUCAUUUUUUGACUAUUUUAUAUUUAUAUGUGUUAUUUGAUAAUCAACGUUGAAAAAAAUCACUGGAUGUAUUUGAAAGGAAAAACAGAUAGAACAAAACAGACAAAAGUCUUCAAAAUUAUAGUGUUUUUUUGUUGCCACAAGUAUGAAUUUUUCUGAACACGUGAUAUCUUAUUUAUGUAAAUUUUGCGAUUUAAUUCUAGAAAAUGGAAACUUUAAAAAACCAAAUUAAGUUGAAACAAAUCAAAUCAAGUAUAUAUUUCUAAUUUAAUAAAUCUAACACUAUGGAACUCUUGCUAUUAUGUGAGGUUUUGUUUGUUAGAGUCAGAAAAUCUUGUAAAUAUUUAUUAAUAGUGGGGUGUUUUAUUUCUAGUCCGUUUUGUACAGCGGUAUAACAUUUGUAUAAAUAAAUAAGAUUUAUUUUUAUUUAAAAUAUGUACAAAAUGAAGAAAUUAUUUAAUCGGUAUUAAAAUGUGGUACAGUUUUUUUUAUGGAAAUGAUUUUCUUCAAAUACACUCACGCGCCUAUCUUAUAUACAAUUGCUCUCCGUAAAAUGCUGCAAAGUCGAUUAUGUCGCUUACCCAAUAAUAUUUAAUCACAUGAAGUCGAAUUCCAGAUUCAUAAAAUUUAUGUAAAUCAACAUAUUUGGUAGAAAAACUCUAUUUAUUCUAAUUAUUUGAUCCAGUGGUAGUGCAUUGUAAUGUUUGUAGAGAGUACAUUAUUUUAUAUUUUAAAAUAAAACUGUGUGUUUGCGAAUAAUAAAGAAUCAAUAAUUUCAUUGAUAGUUGGUGGCUACACGAUAAUAAAAUGAUGUCAUUAUAUGAUUUCGUUCGUAUUGUCUCUGAUAGUUUCCAAAAUUUCUUCUGUUUGCGUAAUAUUGAUAUUAAUUUUUAUUUCAAUAUUUUGUCUCAUACUCAGGAUUCUCCAAUGAUUUCAACACUCAUUCAAUCGUGAUAUAUGGCAAAAGUUUUCCACAGAAACAAUAGAAUUGUACUUUUUUUGUCAAUAACAAUGUACCUUUUUGGGUUAAUUACAUCAAAAUAACAAAAAAUUGUUUUCAAUAAAAAUGAAAACCCAGACGACUUGUUUGUGUUGUUUUUUGUAAUUUUUUUUAUAGGUCUUCAUCUUUUAGAAUUCUAAAAUAUAUUUUUCCUGCAUAUUAUUCAAUUUUUUACCCUUGUGAUAAAUUUUUCAUUUUCUUCUCAUCAGGAAUGGAAACAAAGCAUAAAAUGCUUUUUUAUUAUUAACUUAUUUUCAAAAAACUUGCAUUAAGGAAAUGCUUUGAAAGCGCUGUCUUAACAAAAGCUAUCACUAGAGUGAUAUUAUUAAAUUGUUCAUUUUUGCAAACUAUAUGUAGUAGACCUAUUUCCACUUACAUAUUACAUAAAGCAAUAAAAAUGUUCAUUAACAGUUUCUUGCUAAGAAUUAAUAAACCCGCAUAAUUAACGGAAAACAAUUUUAUAUAGGAGACCAUAACUUUACCUGAAUAAGAGUUUCAGAAUAUUCAUAAACUUCAGAAAUGUGCCUUUCGUCUCAAAAAAUAUUUCUUGAUUAUUAAUUGGCACAAAUCAUUCUCAAAAGUUUUAAAAUACGAAGUGUGAAUAAUUGUUCAAUUAUUCUUUAUCGAAUUUAUUGUUUGUUUGAAUCUAGAGGCAAUAAUUUCUUCAAUUAUCUGGAAUUUAAAAUAUCAAAUUGAAGUUUUUGUCUACUUUUCUUUAUAAAAAAAUAUAGCUUAAAAAAUAAGUAGCCUUAUCUUUUUAGUAUUAUUUGUUACCAUGCGUACUGAAACGAAUAUAGAUGUCUAUUCGUUUUAGUUUGCUUGAAAAUAUUUUAGAUAUAAUGUGAGUGCCUUAGCACCAAUAUUGACUGUUAUUUUUGUACCAAUUUACUGGUAUAUUGUGUAUUUAGCACUGUGUUAUUAAAAAGGUUUGAAAAA